AUGCUUUUUUUAAAUGCUAUAAAUCUUCUGAUUGAUAUAUAUUUGGAUAUUCCUCUGGAUAGAAAUGCGAGAUUGAAUGCAAUUAUUUUAGUCUAUUCACUAAUUACUAGGUAAGAGUAACGUGAUUUGAGAUUUAAUAAUUUUUUUCCUUCUAAAGAGGGGAAAAUGUGUUAUAAAAACUUGGUUUAAGAUUGUAUAAUUAUUUAAUUAGAUUCUAGUUUAUAAAAUAAAAUAAGUUAUUGUACAUAUUAUAAAUCAAAUAGUUAGAAGACAGUAAUUGAUCCUUGUGAAUAGUCUACAAAACCAUGUAUAGAUUUGAAUACAUCUAGAUAAUCAUUCUGUUAAUCUUUGAUAGGAUAAAUUUUUUCAUGAUUAAAUGGUGACUCUUCUGCUUUGUGUAGAUGAUUUAAAUAUCAAAUCUGAUCUUGAUUCAAGAAUGUUUGAAUUUAUUUACCACAUUAAUUCUUGUUUUACACAUGAUAUUUAUUAUGUUUAGGUACUUGAAUAUAAUGAUAUUUAUUAUGUUUAGGUAAUAAUUAAUUAAAGUAUAAUUUUUUAUAAUUGUAUUCAAACUAAAUCUCAUAAAAAUUGCACUCAUCAAUGAGGUGAUGAUAUUUAUAAAGUUAGAUAUUAAUGUAAAUACUAACUUAUAAUGUUUAAAUAUAAGUACAAGAUUAAUGCAUUUUUUGGAAUUUAUAAUCCAACAAGAAUUCAAAAGAUUUAUGUUAAAGGUAACAGUUGUAAUUAAGUUGAUAAAUGUGAAACUUACAAUGGAUUUUCCAAAAAGAGUGUGA